CAAGGGGACACACCUAAACUGUCCCUCCUGUCAACCGCAGAGACACAGAAGAGUGGUCAAGCUUGCAUUUGCCAUUCAUCAGCUUUUGGAUUUGCCGCAUACAGCUUGCGCUCCAUUUCGCAGAGGUUAUUGUCACAAAGAAAAUGUUUGGAUUCUUUCGGAAACGCAUCCAAGACCGUCUGGCUGAGCGUAGAAUUCGCAGGGCCAGACUGGUGGCCAAAGAUGGUCGCUGCAACAUUGAAUAUGGAAACGUGAAAUACAGCAAGCAUUUUGCCUUCCUGGCCGACUUCUGGACCACCUUUGUGGAGAUCCGAUGGCGUUUUGUCCUCUUCUUCUUCAUUGCCUCCUUCACCCUCAGUUGGUUCAUUUUUGGCCUGCUGUGGUACUGGAUUGCCCGCAGUAAUGGAGACCUGACAUGGCAGAGCCCCCCUGAGGACCAUACUCCAUGUGUGGACAAUGUUGUUGGACUCACCACUGCAUUCCUCUACUCCCUGGAGACCCAGACGACUAUCGGCUAUGGUGGACGUGCAAUCACCCCUCUCUGCCCAGGUGCUGUGGCCCUUAUCAUCAUCCAAUCCCUCAUUGGAGCCAUUAUCAACUGUUUCAUGUGUGGAGUCAUCCUGUCCAAAAUUUCCUUGCCAAAAAAGAGGGCCAAGACUAUCACCUUCAGUGACAUGGCUGUCAUCUGCCCAAAAAACGGUGCCCUUUGCCUGUCAAUCAGAUUGGCCAACCUGCGCAAGACCCUGAUGAUAGGGAGCCAGAUCUACGGCAAGCUGCUGAGGACAACAAACACGCCAGAUGGGGAGACAAUCAUCAUGGACCAAGUUAAUAUUGACUUCAUGGUGGAUGCUGGUAAGGACAACCUCUUCUUCGUGUGCCCUCUCACGCUGUACCAUAUAAUUGACAAAAGCAGCCCGUUCUUCGAGAUGGCGGUGGACACAAUGCACAAGCAAGAAUUUGAGCUGGUGGUGUUCCUGGAUGGCACGGCCGAGUCCACCAGCUCCUCCUGCCAAGUCCGCACCUCCUUUAUUCCCCAGGAGAUCAUGUGGGGCUACAACUUCCUACCUAUCAUCUCCAGAAGCAAAGAGGGCAAAUACAGAGUAGACUUCUCAAACUUUUCCAAAGUAGUACCUGUGGCCACUGCACACUGUGCUUACUGUUUCCACAACAUAAAGGGCCAUCAUCAUCAUUCCAGAGAUGGAUGUGACAAUCAGAGCUUUGAGGUGAUUGAUAUCCCAGAUCACUCUAAUAUCACCAAGAUGUGACUCUUGGCUGACUCCAGGUGAACAUCAGAUUACUGAGAAUAUCUGGCCUGCCUCUCCCAGAUCUUUCUAGCAUGAAAACCUCUAGAAUCUAAAGGACAAAGCAGAGACUGGGGGCAGGUAGGGUGACAUAAUAGAAGCAGUGCUUUGUGAAGCAUUUAAAAAUGAAGUAAAGGAAUUCUACUCAUUUGUUUUUUUCCUUUGUAUUCCACACA